CUGGCUGGUUCCCAACCUUUUCAGUGUUGUUCCCCACAGAUAGCCUUCUUGAAAUCUGUUAGCAUUUUAGAAGCUUGUAUACAUCUUGCAGCUUCCAACAUCAGAAGGUGCCCUAACUUCCAGCAACAACAACGGCAACAGCAGCAACAUUCUUCAGAUUGUUAGCAUCUUAAAAACUUAUAUGCAGCUUGCAGCUUCUACCAUCAGAAGACGCCUUGACUUCUAGCCUCAGCAACAACAACAACGGCAACAACAACGCCAACAGCAGCAGCAUUUCUGGGAACUAACAAGCAGCCAGUGUGAGAGACGCCUGAGUUUCUCUCAGCUACAGACCUGGCAAGGUGGGAGACCUCAACAAAGAAGCAAUGGUUUCUGCCAGCUCUUCCAUCUGGGAGAAAGCUACCUCUCGAUCCCUUACCCUGAAGCUAGACAAUCCAGUUCCUCCCCAUAAGUUCCUGGCGACUUUCAAGCUGCUGCCAAGCACUGGAGCUCAGAGCAAGAUGUCUACAGAAGACCAGAAUAUAGACGACGGGCUUUUCUAUGAGACUGUAUUCAGGUACUUCAAAAGACAUAAGAUUGAGAUUUCAAAUGCAAUGAAAAAGACAUUUUCUUUCCUUGAUAUUCUUCGUGACCAUGAACUCAUCACCAAUAAAAUGUAUGAAGAUUGUCAAGAAUCUUGUAGAAACCUGGUCCCUGUACAGAGAGUGGUUUACAAUAUUCUCUGUGAACUGGAGAAGACAUUUGACCUGUCACUUCUGGAAGUAUUUUUCAGCGAGGUCAACAUGCUGGAAUAUCCUAACUUAAGUCACGUUUAUAAAGGCUUUCAAAAUGUGAUCAAAGAGAAAAUUUUUCACCAAGCAAGUGACAGAGUUGAGAGGGUGGACGGCCGUAAUAUCCAGCUAAAGCUUGAACCAGGUACAACCCCACCUGAAAAUGGACUCUCAGAGGUCCUCUGUGAAACAGAGCAGAUGAACGCAAGGAGAAAGAAUGCAACCAGUGACAACAAUGAUGCACUAGAAAACCAACAAGCAAGUGAACAACAUACCCAAAAGUCUGAGCCAGCAGAACAAGUGCCCAUCCAAAUGAAUAAUGGAGGUGCAAGAUCAGAGACACCCAGCCCAUUGCCUUGUGAUGAAGAAAAGAUCACCAUUGAUGACUUCGUUGAAUUCAGUGAUGAAGACGCGUCCCCAGGAGCUUAGUUUCCCCUGGGAACUAAGGAGGCCUGGUCACACACUGAGACACCUGGAGCAUCCUAUUCCUUGUGCAGAGGUCAAUGACCUUGAUACGUCAGGAUCAAGUGAGAGAGGAGAGACCCAUGAAGUUACCCGCUCAGGACUCCAGACUGACCCAGAGCCCAUGGAUUUCAGAAAAUCUCCUACACCCAGAAAAAGAUCACAGAAAAGAGACAAUGAGACCUUCAAGGGAUAUUCGCUUCUUCUGCAGAGAGAAGACAUGGAGACUCUUCAGGGUCCAGUACAGACGAGGUGCCCCACCCAGCCCAGAGCUGAGAAGUGGUCCUGAUGAGAAGAGUAAGGACGGCCAUCACUGGGUCCAGGACAUCAGGAGCCUCAGUUCAGAGCUCCUGUUUCUCUGAGCACACACCACACCUGGGAGCCCAGUGUCGGCAUUGAUCUCAUGUGGCCAUUUUGAAAACUGCAAAGAAAGAAAUCAUUAUGAAUUCAGGCUUGACAAGAUGGCCCCAGUUGAAUGGCAAUGCCAUCUUACUACAUUUUCUCAGACAUAUUAUCCCUGGAAGUAUUAGAUUAUAGAGUAAUGUCCAUCCCUACUCACCACCUGUUUUGUAGAGAGCAGAGAAAGUGAGAUAGUCAGUUAUUGUUCAGUUUUGUCACAAACUUGUUCAAAACUCAGUAACUCUGGUCAUACUCUCUAAUUAUUGACAGAAUGAAAAGCAUCUGUUUACUACCAUCAAAUUUAAUUUAUAACUUUUGACAGAUGAUCCCCAGCAUGAUAUUGGACCGUAUAAUGCUAUUUGAAAAUAUCUCUGCAAAAAAAAAAAAAAAAAAGAAGAAGGAAUUCUUUUACAUUUACAACAACCUAAAAGAUAGGCCAGAUGCUGUAGUUCUCUCCAUU